GGGCACUCGAGCUGGCUUUCCUGCACGCCCCCUCCCCGCCCCUCCUGAGCUUGGCAACCAGUAAAAAGUAAUGUAAAGCACGCCGCUAUUGAGAGGCAGCCGGUGUGUGUUUGCUAGUGUGUGAGACCAGGGGACGCGCUCUUAACAACAACAACAACAACAACAACAACAUAACACACCACACAAGAGAAACAUUGCAUCAGAACGGGCACAGAAAUUCCAGAGCAUACUGAAAAUGAAUUCUGAAGUGUCGGAGCUGAACAAUAAUAACUUGGUAAGCGCGGGAGAGGUGGAGGAGAAACCGGCGACAGCGAACGCCAAUUGGGAGCUGUGUGCUAAACUGACCAGGCGGCUGGACAUUAACGAGGGACUCGCACUACCGAAGCAGGCGAAGUAUUUUAACGCUUACACCGAGUUCAAGGAAUUCAGCAGGACACAGAUCAAAGACAUGGACAGCAUGUUUAAACAUUAUGACUCGGGGAAGGAUGGAUUCAUUGACCUGAUGGAGCUCAAGCUGAUGAUGGAGAAGCUGGGAGCUCCUCAGACUCAUCUGGGCCUGAAGGAUAUGAUCAAGGAGGUGGACGAGGACUUUGAUGGGAAGCUCAGCUACAGAGAGUUCCUGCUGAUUUUCCGGAGGGCGGCGGCGGGGGAGCUAGAGGAGGAGAGUGGACUCCUGGCCCUCGCGAGGCUCUCGGAGAUCAAUGUGUCCACUGAGGGGGUGCUGGGGGCCAGGGACUUCUUUGAGGCAAAGGUCCAGGCCCUGGCAGUGGGCAGUAAAUUCGAGGCAGAGAUGAGGGCAGAGAAGGAGGAGAGGAAGAGGCAGGAGCUGGAGAAGCAGCAGCGGCGGGCUGCAUUCAGAGAGCUGCAGUCGGCAUUCCGAUCCUGAGGAGGGAGGGGGGGAGGAGAGCAGAGGGAGGGGGGAGGAGAGCAGAGGGAGGGGGGAGGAGAGCGGAGGGAGGGGGGAGGAGAGUGGAAGGAAGGGGGACGAGGGAGGAGAGCAGAAGGAGGUAGGAGAGUGGAGAAAGGGAGGGAGGGAGAGGAGGAGAGGAGACAAGAGCAGAGCAGAGGACACGGGGAGGAUAGCGGAGGGCGAUGUGUCGGGAAGCUAUUUUAUAUAGCUAGGCCAGCGAGUGUUCCUUUUCAUGACUGGUUGUUAGUUUUAAAGUGAAGGCACCAUCUUAAAGUUGCAACAACCAUCAGCUUAUACAAGACCCUGAUUUAGUCUUCUUUAUUUCCACUUCGUAGCCCAUUUCUCCUGCCACAACACUAGACAUGGACCUCCCUGUGCUACAGGCAGUAGGGCCCCUUACACUCAAGUUCCAUGCAAUCAGAAGGAGGGAUCCUAUUAACUGUAACUGUUCUACUUGUACCCUCCCCUCCUAUUUCACUCAGCCUGCAUUCUCGUAGCUCCCCAGUGCUCAGAUAUUUCAUUCAUGUUGCUGAGAACAUAUCUGUUAAAAUGCCUUUCAUGACCUUUAAUAAUCCCAGUAACACGUUAGUUUAGGGAUCUGUUCUACAUAAAUGAAUUAUGUAUAUUAAGAUUCAUGUUACAUGAAUUUAUUGCAUUUUAAUUGUGUUAAUUGCAAUCAUAAUCUGUAACUGUUAACAGCAUAAUUAAUAACAUGUUUAUAGACUGUAUUGAACCACUUAUAAUCAUGAAUCCCUAAAGGGUUGCUACAGUCUCCCACUCAAAAACUGCAAUAAACUCUGUAGGUAAAGGUGUGAUAACCAAGGUUUCCCUCUCAGUCACACAGCAGCCUCCCAGGUUCUUGUUGUACACGAGUGUGGCCAGCAGACUCGCAGUUUUCUAAUCCACAGUUUUCUCUUUGCAAGUCCACAGUUUUCUGAGGAAUGGAAAAUGAAUCAGUUCAAAGAUCAAUGGGCGACAUCACAGGAAGCUUGAGUUUGAGUACUUGUUUUUCACUCCCCUUUAUCUUCCUGCUUCCUUCCUUUGUUUCAGAUAAUAGAACCCCAUCUGGCCAUGGAGCUUCGUGGAACUUAGGUUUGAGGCUCAGGGGAGCACUAUUCCCUGUAAUGCAGGAAUGAAAUGAAUUGAUAGCAUUGUAGUAGAAUGAAGUAGGCUCAGAAUGGUGGAUUGUCAUAAGGAGAGGGAAGAGAAUAUGUUUGAGAGCCUGGUUGUUGCAUCUAGAUUUGCCAUGAUUCUCUACAGGGAGGUUUCCAAGCUGUUUAAUAUCUUGUGUAGCUAGCCAGGCUGGUUUGUUAUACUUGCUGAUGUUUUUUAAAGUGCUGCAGGAUGGCAGGGUUUUUUCUAAUACUCAUUGCUUGCGGGCCUCUUUGACCGUUGCAGUUUUUAAAACAAGUUUGACUGAUGUUUAUUAAGAGUGUGCAGAUCCUCAGAUUUUCUGAGUAUUUUAAAUGAAAACAGAAAGAAACCUGAUUUAAUGACUAUCUGUUGACUUAAAACAUGUUGAAUAAAUAAGGGUAUCUGACGGGACAGUGCUGUGUAUUCCGUCAGGUUGAUUUAGGAAAUAAAACAAAGACGUCGGCACUCUUCCCUGAAGUGCUCUGGACUGAAAUAAACUGCCUAGUGCAACUGAAUCUACCAAACCCAGGUUAAAAACACCUCGAUGCUCAAACACACUGCACAAGGAGGUAUAGGGGGACCAUAUGCCCUCAAGUUCACCACAGCAGGUUCUGUGGCAGUCAGAUACUUUUUAGAGCCAUGGCUACAAGUCCCUACGCUCCAAGUAGUUUUACAAGUGCUGUUUUAUAGAGCAAGGAGUGUCAAAUUUAUUUGUUCCAUUUGUUCCAAAGCCAGAUAAAGACAGAUUCAGAGAAAAAACAAAACAACUCACUACCGGAGCAACCGAACCUGAAGCACUCAGAAUGAAUGCAAAGCUGAUAAAAUAGAAAGAGGCAUACAAAGCUACUUGCUCUUUUAAAUAGGUUUUGUUGUUUUUUAAACCCAUUUUGAUUAAUCAAGUUUGCAGUUUAUGAAACCUACAUGCAGGGUAAAAAGUUCCCAUUUGUCUGACCUCUGUUUAAUGUAAGAGAAGGUAAAUACUUUUCAAACAGUCCUUAAUGUUUUGUGAAUGGGGCUCUUUAUCAUAUGUUAAAACUGUCUUUACAUAAGUUUGAAAUGUAAUAAUGAAGCUUUUAAUAUUUUGAGGUGUUGCUUCUCUUUGUGUAUGUUUCCAGGACAGUGCAAAGACAUGGGUGAGGCUCUGAGAAGCCAGUAGCCCAGGUUCAGCCUCUCUUUCAGCUUUCUGUUAUUUUUGUUAUUUAAUGCUGGGUUUGUUCUCCCUGGUGCUCCACUGGUAGUGUCUACACACUUAGGAGCAUUUCCAGCAACACUUCUUUUUUUAACGCUUGUGUCUUACAAUGUAUUAAAUAAAUAACUGUAUUUUUCUGAAAUAAAUGCAAAUGACAUGA